UCUCUUCCUCUUCCUUCACUCGCUGUGACGCUGUUUGCUAGCUAGCUAGCUCGUGCUGUGCCUGUGCGUGUAUAUAUAUAUAUGCAUCCUGCCCCCACCCCUUUUACCUCUCCCCACACUCCUCUGCACGGAAGAAUCGGUCGAUCCAUCGGUGCUUUUAUCGAUCUCGUCGGAGCAACCGAUCGAUCUCACCAACCACCGCGCUCGAUCGAGAGCUAGAGAUCGAGAGUAGCUGCCGGCCGGCCGGAGCGGAAGAGGCCGGAGGCGGUGGCAUGGGGCGGCCGCCGUGCUGCGACAAGGUGGGCGUGAAGAAAGGGCCGUGGACCCCCGAGGAGGACCUCAUGCUCGUCUCCUAUGUCCAGGAGCACGGCCCCGGCAACUGGCGCGCCGUGCCGACCAACACCGGUCUGAUGCGGUGCAGCAAGAGCUGCCGGUUGCGGUGGACGAACUACCUCCGGCCGGGAAUCAAGCGCGGCAACUUCACCGAUCAGGAGGAGAAGCUCAUCAUCCACCUCCAGGCUCUCCUUGGCAACAGGUGGGCGGCGAUAGCGUCCUACUUGCCGGAGAGGACGGACAACGAUAUCAAGAACUACUGGAACACGCACCUCAAGAAGAAGCUGAAGAAGAUGCAGGCCGGCGAAGGGGACGGCGGAGAGGACGGCGGAGCAGCAGGUGCCUCGGAGGGCGGCGCCGGCGCCGGCGCCACCGCAGGCGGGGGAGGGAAGCGCCCGGCCGUGCCCAAGGGGCAGUGGGAGCGGCGGCUGCAGACCGACAUCCACACGGCGCGGCAGGCCCUGCGCGACGCGCUCUCGCUGGAGCCUUCGGCGCAGCCGCUGGCGCCGGCGAAGGUGGAGCCUCUGCCGACGACUCCGCCGGGGUGCACGACGUACGCGUCUAGCGCCGAGAACAUCGCGCGGCUGCUGGAGGGGUGGCUGCGCCCCGGCGGCGGCGGGGGCAAGGGGCCGGAGGCGUCGGGUUCGACGUCGACGACGGCCACGACGCAGCAGCGGCCGCAGUGCUCCGGUGAGGGCGCCGCGUCCGCGUCGGCGAGCCACAGUGGUGGGGCGGCCGCGAACACGGCGGCGCAGACCCCCGAGUGCUCGACGGAGACCAGCAAGAUGGCCGGCGCGGCUGGCUCCGCGCCGCCGGCGUUCUCGAUGCUGGAGAGCUGGCUGCUCGACGACGGCGGCAUGGGGCACGGCGAGGUGGGGCUCAUGACCGACGUGGUGCCAUUAGGGGACCCCAGUGAGUUCUUUUAAUUAAGGCCGCUGUACAAGUACAACCAAAAGCAAAUUAAUCAAGUAGAGAUGUGCAAGAACAAAAAGAAGAAAUUAAUCGCCGAGUUAGGUAAUAACUAGUUAAGCAGAAAUCGAACAAACUAAAAUGUCUUUGAAUUCUCGGUGAUUUGGAUCGAGUUGGAUGUCGAUCGAUCUAGUUUGUUUUACUCCCUUCUUUUAAUUUUUUUUUCGCUGUUGUUUCUCUGAUGUUAAUUAGGGUUUGGAACUGAUCAUGUAAGCUUAUACUAAUGACAGGUUCCUAAAUGGACCAUGCAUGAGAGUGGCCGAUAGUAGAAAGAAGUGUACAUCUUAUAAAUUUAAAGAACUAUAUAUAUUUAGAUGUUAUAA